CUUGCGGUCUUGCGGGAAUCUUGCGCUGGGGAACAAUGCUCCAGGCUGACCACUCUUCCUGGCCUCCUCCAGCUGUGAACGGCUCAGCAGGGCAGGAGCCCCAGAGGCAGCUCCCAGAGGUGCUGAGUGGGGCCUGGGAACCACCUCCAGAGGAUGGACUGCCUCUGCUCACCGUCAUCACCGCUAUGUUUGUCCUGCUGGCAGUCUGUAUCGUGGUGGCAGUCCACUUUGGGCCAAGUCUACACCAGGGCCGUGCCAAUCUCCCCACAGAACCACCAGCCCCAAAGCCAAAGGAUGGCGUCUACCUUACCCACUGGCGAGUGCUGGGCCCUGAGGACAGACAUGAAGACACCCAGGAGGGCCCUUCUGUCUCUAGCUCCUGCCUUGUGCCAGGUGGACCUAGGCUCAGCACUGAUGAAAUCACAUAUCUGUAGGAGGGCGACUUUGGAAAGCUGGUGUGACCUGACUCAGAACAAGAAACUGAAGAGAACUAGGGCAAAAGCAAACUGGGGCCUGGGCGUCAGUCAGAGCUUCGGAAGGGCACAUAUAGACUAAGCUGGAGCUGCCCUCUCUGCAGAGUACAGAGAAAGCCUUGUGUGGACAGGAGAAAAUAAAAGAAGCUUGAGAGCCCAGCCCAGACACAUGCUGCUAUGUCCAGUCCCCAUGCCCAAGGCUGCCCUUACAGAGCUUCUUUCUCUUCUCCAGGGACCACCAGCCCCCUGAGCCUCCUUCUCCGAGUCCCCACCCCUCCUCCCAUCCCUAAUCUUCUUUCCUUUGGGUGUCAAGGUAAGUUCAUCUUGGGAGAUUCCACCACCCAGCCUACCUUUGUGCAGGGAUGUCAGAGGCUCCCUGUCAAGGCCUGCUGCCCCAGUCCCCAGGUGCCCAUGAGAUCCAGCCAAGGAGUGCCAAGGCAAAGAACCCAGGGCUCUGCCUUCUCUGGGACUCAGGAGAGGAAGGAGAAUCUGUUGCCCUUCACUAAUGGGGGGACAUCCUUUUGACUCUCAGGGCCCAGGACUUGCUAACAAUUUUUAAGGCCCUUGCAUAAGGCCCUUGCAAACCUCCAGGCACCAAUUAUAGCUCCCCAAAUUGGCUUUGAAUGGCCCCCAGUCUCUUGGGGCAAGACUCUGCCUUGCCUUCCCACAAUGCGAUGGGGGAAAUUUGGGAGCUCUCGCUACCUUCUCCUCUCUGUGUGCAUGGGACUGUUGGAACUAGCCUAGUAUUUACCCCAGGACAUUUCCCAAAUCCUGGUGGGGAAACAGAAAGAAAAA